AUGCAAGUUGCACGUACCAUUUUAAGCCUGUUUGGAGGCUGCGAGACAAUGUCAGCCAUAACGCUGCACGCGUGUUGUCCAAAAAGCGAUCUGCACGGAUGGCACAUAUCCCGUUCGUAUCCUGCUUGCAAAUUGCAGGUCGUGAGGGAGGCUGACUUGAAGCUGUCGGGCGUGGACACGGGGUCGGAGAGCGUGUACCACGCGACGUGGAACGGCACGAGGGUGACGGUGAAGCGCGUUCUGGCGGAGGGCGAGGAUCUGGACCUGGAGGACUUCGCCAAGUUCUUCACGGAGGUGGCUAUCAUGUCCAGGAUGCGCUUCCCCUGCGUGGCGGAGUUCUACGGCGUCAGCCCCUCGGGCCUGCUGAUCAUGGAGCGCAGCGAGCGCCAUCUGCGCCGCUGGUGCCAGGAGGCUCCCCGCGGCUGGGCCGCCAAGCUGGGCGUCCUGCGCCGCGCCGCACAGGGCCUUAAGUACGUGCACGGCAGGGGCGUCAUCCACCGGGGCGUCAACGCCUUCGCCUUCUUCGUGUACGACGGCGACGAGGUCAAGAUCGCGGACUUCAGCUCGGCCAUCAGCCGGACGGACGUGAGGACAAUUUCCGUGCGGCAGCACGCGGCCACUCACCUUCUGGACGCCCCGGAGGUGUUCUUCGAGAAACGACCGCACAGCUACGCCUCCGACGUGUUCGCCUUUGGCCUCGUCAUGUACGAGGUCGCCAGCCAGCGCGAGCCCUACGGCCCGGGCGCCACGCCGGGAGACGUCUACCGGCGGCGCAGGGCGCAGCAGGCGCCGUGCCGCCUGCCCGGGGACUGCCCGCCCGGCUUAAAGGACCUGACGGAAAGGUGUUGCUCUGUGGUGCCCGACCUCAGGCCGCCCAUGGCAGAGGUCUGCGUGCGGCUGGAAUUCCUCGAGGAGGAGUUUGAGGAGGGGCAAGGAGAGGAGCAGCUGCCGGUGAGUGGGUGGUGCUACUGA